CAGCCAGUCGGGCAUUUUCUGACAAGCGUAGAAAAACUUUUCAUCAACAGCCAGCCGCCAUUUUACGUGAGCCGAUACUUGUGCGGUGCGGAAUUCGGGCGAUCGUUUCUACGGUGAAUUUCGGUACCGCGGGGCCGGCUUGCGGCCGAUAUUUCGAUCGCGAUAAGUGCGGGGAUAAAAAUUGUAUCGAAAUUAGUGAAAAUGUCAGGGGUAAGCGAUAGAGUUUUGGAUAAUUUACGGUGAUUUCGCGCGCCUAUCAUUGUGUGAAAGAUGGUGCCAGCGGGCAGCAGUAGUAGCGAGCUUGGAUAUCGCUAGCGCCGUGCGCGUAGCCAGUUUGCGCUCUCUCAAGUUUGUCAAGUUGUCUUGUGUGUGAUACCUAUAUAUUGGGGGUGAUACUGAAAGAUGUCCAAUGGUUAAUUAUGUGCGUUCGGGGACGCCCGGGACGUCGAACUGUGGGAAAGCGCCUCAACGCACCGCGGUUAUUAUGUUUUCAACUAAUCAAAUACCAAUACCCACAAAAUAUAACGAAAAAUUUCGCGAAUCCCUCAAACUAGUGUAGUGUGCCUAGUGUGCCAAGCGUAAACAGGCGGCCGCGAGACAUGGCCGAUCAUCUUGUGGACGGCCCGCCAAACAAGCGGCCAAAAUUGGCGGACCCCUUCCAGGGGCCCUCGGAUUCGUCAGUGGGUAUGACGCCCAUAAUGAUGCACCAUGCUUACACCUACGGGGGAGGUGGCGGUGGUAACAUGCAACAAAUGCAGGGCCCGCCACAACAGCUACAUCUACAACAACAUCAGCUUCAGCCACAUUGGAACAACCAUACAGCCCAGAAAAGAAAUUACAUAACAAACACAGAUAUGUUUGACCUUGAAAAUGACCUUCCUGACGACUUGUUGUCAUCCGGAACCUGGUGCUCAACAACCGAGAGCGCUAAACCACCUGCAACUGGUCCUGGACCCGGACAACAAAAUGGUGCAUUAGAUUCCGAACUGCGACAGCAUGUACAGCAACAGCAACAGCAGCAAUUAUCGCAUCAUUUGAUGCAACAACAGGGCAACAAGAAUUUAGUUGCAAAUUCACUGGCAAUGGCAGCAGGAACGUUGGGUAGUAAAAGCCCCAACAUGCAGUCUCCGCCCAAUGUUUCGGUUUCCAAAGGUGUCGUUGACUCUCAGAUGGUUGUCAGUCUUGGUAAUUUACCCAGCAGUAUAGCCAGCUCGCUAACCAACAAUCAAAUGUCAAUUGCCAAUUCAAUGGGAGGGCUUCAGUCGUCGAUGAGCAUGACUGGAAGUAAUGCUACAAUGUCGAUUCCGGGUGGAAUGAAUUCCGGACUUGUCAUGACGAGCAGUGCCAGUGGGAACAAUAAUAUGGGUGGAAUGGCAGGAGGAGGUUUGAUCGUGGCCAACAGUCUGAAUAAGCAACCCUUAAAUACCGUAACAAUGAUUGGCUCAAAUGCUCAAGGCAUACAUCACUCUGCUGGACCUCAUGGUGUAGGCCAAAUGCCAAAUGGUCCAGCUGGAAUGAUGACUGCUAGGGCUGUUGUUAUGCAGCAGCAACAGGCGCAGCAGCAGCAACAACAACAGCAACAGCAACAACAGCAGCAGCAGCAACAACAGCAGCAGCAGCAACAACAACAGCAGCAGCAGCAACAACAGCAGCAGCAGCAGCAACAGCAGCAAGCUCAUAUGGUAGGCUCAGCAAGGGGCCAGAGUCCUCACCAACAAGUGCACCAAGGAGGAAUGGUUGGACCUAGAAUGCCAGCUCCACCAAACAUGGCAAAUAUGUCGAAUAUGGGACAAAUGGGUGCUUCGAGUCCGUAUGGUUAUGUAAAAUGUUCAUCAGGGUCUCCAGGUGGUGCACCAGCUCCAAGUGUUGGGACCAAUAACCCAGUUGCUGUUGUUGCUCCUCAACAAAGACCGGCAGGGGCAAAUAUGAACGCCAUGCAAGUUGCCAGAUUUGGUGGUCCGGCUGGACCUAUUGGACCAGGAAAUAUUGUUGGCGGCCAGGAAGGUGGGAUGGCUCAACAAGCACAACCACCAGCACCAAGUCCGGCGCAGCCACAGUCAGGUGCACCAAGUGGAGGGCAACCAGGUCCUCAACAAGCAACACAGGGCCAAAUGCCUGGCAGCGGUCCCCAACGAGGUGCUCCUCCGUCGACAGCUGAUCCUGAAAAGAGAAAAUUGAUUCAGCAACAACUGGUCUUGCUAUUACACGCGCACAAAUGCCAGAGGCGAGAGAGUCAGGCUAAUGGAGAAGUGUGUCAGUGCACAUUGCCACAUUGUAAAACUAUGAAGAAUGUUCUGAACCACAUGACGACAUGCGCAGCUGGGAAGACUUGUUCUGUACCACAUUGCAGUUCGUCUAGGCAAAUAAUAAGCCAUUGGAAACACUGUGAACGAAGCGACUGUCCUGUCUGCUUACCUCUAAAGCAGGCGGAUAAAAACAGGCAUCCAAACGCUGCUGGUGUCCAAGCAACUCAGCCAAAUAGUCAACCUAAUCCCAGUCCAGCGGACAUGAGGAGAGCUUACGACGCCUUAGGAAUAUGUCCUACUACUACUCCUACUUUAUUGCCUGGUCAAACUGUUGGUAGAGGCGUUCGAAUGCCUGUACCAGGUAUCCCAGGUCCACCUGGUGGUAUGCAGAAUAUAAGGCUUGCCCCACCUCAACCUCAAGUAGCGGGCCCAGGGCAACCUGUAGUGGGUGGCGCAGGCCAACAAGUUAUUGCGCCUAACGUCUCCCUUCCACUGAGCUCUGAUCCAACAGCAGUGGCUGCUGGAAGCCAAGCUCAACCUUCAACUGGACCUACAUCAGCAGCAGCUGUGGCUGCUGCCAGUAUACAGCAGUCCGUUAGCAUGCAACUUUUUGGAUUGAAUGAUGCAGGUCAACCAGGAAUUAUAAAUGAAAAUAGAUUAGCUAGUCUACAAUUACCAGCUGGGCUACAACCGGGCCAAGUAACUGCAACUCCGGUACAAGGAACUAAAGAGUGGCAUCAAUCGGUUACACCAGAUCUCAGGAACCAUCUUGUUCACAAGUUGGUCCAAGCAAUAUUUCCAACCCCUGAUCCUCAAGCAAUGCUCGAUAAAAGAAUGCAUAAUUUAGUUGCAUAUGCGAAAAAAGUUGAAGGUGAUAUGUAUGAGAUGGCCAACUCAAGAUCAGAAUACUAUCACUUACUCGCUGAGAAGAUAUACAAGAUACAGAAAGAACUAGAGGAAAAACGGCAGAAACGUAAAGAACAACAACUCCAAGCUCAGCAGCAACAACAAGCACCAGGUGCAAGUCUUAGGCCGGCAGCUCCACAAGGUCUUGCUGGAGCAGUCCCUCCAAAACCAGUUGGAACUGUGCCCCCGAGUCUACGAAGCCAUUCACCCGGAAUGGGACAGCUGGGAGCGCUGCCUGGUAUCGGUAUGCAACACAAUCGGAUGCAAUUUCCACAACAAAUCCAGCAGCAACAAAUGCAACAGCAACAAGGGAUGCUCAUCGGACCGCCGGGUCCAAGUCCAAACGGGCAACCAACGUCCAAUCCUAAUUUGGUCCCAAAUCCAGGUCUGAGUCCUUUUGGUCAACAGCAAAUGUCGCAAGCUAAUUUAACGACGACUACAGCCUCUGCUACAACUAGUCAAUUUCCUACGUCGAACGGGACACCUGGAUUACCAAAUACAUCUCCAGUUCAGAAUCAGCAUCAGUUCCAAGAGAUUAUGAAAGUUAGACUGGCACAAUCGCAAGCUGCACAACAACAGCAACAGCAACAACAAAAUCAACAGCAGCAACAGCAGGCGCAGCAGCAACAAACCCAACAGCAGCAAGUGCAACAGCAGCAAGUACAGCAGCAGCAGCAAGCACAGCAGCAGCAAGCACAGCAACAACAAGCUCAGCAACAACAAGCUCAACAACAUCAACAACAACAGCAGCAGCAACAACAAACCAAUGCCACUGCUAAUCAGAAUAGUAAUACAACACCGUUGCCGCAAGCGCCAUCGCCAUUCAGUACAAUGCAGCAACAGAACAGUCAACAACAAAAUCAACAAUUUCCUACAAGCCGCCCUAUGUCUGCUUCGACUCCUGGUGAUAGCAGUAUUGCAACACCUACACCUCAAACUAUACCACCGCCUGCAUCCAGCGGGCCAAGUCCUGGGCCUGCGCCAUCUACAAAUGGUCCACAAUCAACCACUUCUACGCCUAGUACUCCUUUAGUUCCAUCUUUAAUGACUCCGAACAAGACAGUUUCGUCUGCAAAUAAAACACCUCCUCACCCCGGUACCACUCCGUCUCCUGCAGGAUUAGCCAGCUUAGGUAAAGGUAUGACAUCUCAAGAAAGAGCUGCUUUGAAUGCUCCAAGAAGUUCUUCAAUGUCAUCCCAAAUGGCUGCUAUCACGGCAGCAUUGGAUCGUGAUAAUUCACCGAGUCCACCAACGAAUAAUAGCAAGGGAAAACUAGAUUCUAUUAAAGAGGAAAAUAUUAAAAUGGAAAUAAAAACUGAGGAUGGUUCUGAUAAUCAUAGGAUGGAUGGAGGGAAAAGUGUUAAUAGCGAAAUAUCUAUGAAAACCGAAAUCAAGACAGAACCAAUGGAAGAAACGUCUGAGGAUGGAAUGAUCAAGGAAGAAUGCAAUAUUAAAGAAGAACCUGUUACUCCGAUGUCUAGUCAAGACAUAUCGACAUCUGAUAUUAAACCCAUGGUUCCCGAACCAAUUCAACCCAGCGGAACGUCAACUGAUAAGAAACGAUUGUGCUUAUUCAAACCUGACGAAUUGCGGCAAGCAUUGAUGCCUGCUCUAGAGAAGUUAUAUCGUCAAGAUCCAGAAUCUAUUCCCUUCAGACAACCCGUUGAUCCUCAAGCCCUCGGGAUUCCAGACUAUUUUGAUAUUGUGAAAAGACCAAUGGAUUUGUCGACGAUUAAGAGAAAACUGGACACAGGACAGUACAGUGACCCUUGGGAGUAUGUUGACGAUGUUUGGAUGAUGUUUGACAAUGCGUGGUUGUAUAAUCGUAAAACUUCCAGAGUCUACCGAUAUUGUACCAAGCUUUCGGAAGUGUUUGAGCAAGAAAUCGACCCUGUAAUGCAGGCAUUGGGGUACUGUUGUGGACGAAAGUACACUUUCAAUCCUCAGGUUUUAUGUUGUUACGGAAAACAACUUUGUACUAUUCCGAGAGAUGCCAAAUAUUAUUCUUACCAAAACAGAUACACAUUCUGUCAAAAAUGCUUCAAUGAUAUUCCUGGAGAUACUGUGACAUUAGGAGAUGAUCCAACACAACCGCAAACUGCUAUAAAGAAAGAACAAUUCCAAGAAAUGAAGAACGAUCAUCUUGAAUUAGAGCCGUUUGUCAUCUGCACUGAUUGCGGUAGAAAAGUUCAUCAAAUUUGUGUCUUACAUAUGGAAGCAAUCUGGCCGUUAGGCUUCACCUGUGACAAUUGUCUGAAGAAAAAAGGUCAAAUGCGUAAGGAUAAUAAAUUCAAUGCAAAGCGAUUGCCUGUAACAAAGAUGGGAACGUACAUCGAAACACGAGUGAAUAAUUUCUUGAAGAAAAAAGAAGCUGGUGCCGGAGAAGUUGCGAUUAGAGUUGUAGCUUCUAGCGAUAAGCUUGUUGAAGUCAAACCAGGAAUGAAAAGUAGAUUUGUGGAAAACAGUGAUAUGCCAGGAGAGUUUCCGUACCGAGCGAAAGCUUUGUUCGCGUUUGAGGAAGUUGACGGUACCGAUGUAUGCUUCUUUGGCAUGCAUGUGCAGGAAUAUGGCAGUGAAUGUCCUACCCCCAACACGAGGCGAGUGUAUAUUGCAUAUCUGGAUUCUGUACACUUCUUCAGGCCUAGACAAUUCAGAACAGCUGUUUAUCAUGAAAUUUUACUUGGAUACCUUGACUAUGCCAAACAGCUUGGUUACACAAUGGCUCAUAUUUGGGCGUGUCCGCCAUCGGAAGGAGAUGAUUAUAUUUUCCACUGUCAUCCGCAAGAGCAAAAAAUUCCAAAACCAAAGAGGUUGCAAGAGUGGUAUAAGAAAAUGUUGGACAAGGGAAUGGAUGAAAGAAUCGUUCUUGAUUACAAAGAUAUAUUGAAGCAAGCCAUGGAAGAUAAGCUCUCGUCUGCUGCUGACUUACCUUAUUUUGAAGGUGAUUUUUGGCCAAAUGUUUUGGAAGAAAGUAUCAAAGAAUUGGAUCAAGAAGAAGAGGAGAAACGAAAACAGGCAGAGGCAGCCGAGGCUGCUGCCGCUGCCGCCAAUGCCAUAUUUUCGCUGUCGGAAGAUUCGGAGACAGGACCAGAUGGUAAAAAGAAGGGGCAAAAGAAGGCUAAGAAGUCUAAUAAGUCAAAGGCAAAUCAACGUAAAAAUAGCAAGAAAUCUAAUACUCCGCAAACGGGUAACGAUCUUUCGGCAAAGAUAUUUGCCACAAUGGAAAAACAUAAAGAAGUUUUCUUUGUUAUCCGAUUGCACAGUGCCCAGAGCGCAGCCAGCUUAGCUCCUAUUCAAGACCCAGAUCCUGCAAUAAAUUGUGACCUUAUGGAUGGUCGUGAUGCGUUUCUAACAAUGGCACGAGAAAGACAUUACGAAUUUUCAUCUUUGAGAAGAGCGAAAUUUAGCUCCAUGUCUAUGCUUUAUGAGUUACAUAACCAGGGGCAAGACAAAUUUGUCUACACGUGCAAUAAUUGUAAAAGCCAUGUUGAGACUCGAUACCACUGCACUGUUUGUGAUGACUUCGAUUUAUGUAUAAGCUGUAAAGAAAAAGAUGGUCAUCCACAUCCCAUGGACAGAUUAGGCUUAGACUUGGAUGAUGGGUCGUCACCAGCUGAUGCUAAGCAGGCCAAUCCACAGGAGGCACGAAAGUUGUCCAUUCAGAGAUGCAUUCAGUCUUUGGUGCAUGCAUGUCAGUGCAGAGAUGCCAACUGCAGACUACCAAGCUGCCAAAAGAUGAAACGUGUUGUUACCCACACAAAGAUAUGUAAAAGAAAAACGAACGGUGGUUGUCCUAUAUGCAAGCAAUUAAUAGCGUUGUGUUGUUACCAUGCGAAACACUGCCAAGAAACAAAAUGUUUAGUACCAUUUUGUUCAAAUAUUAAGCAUAAACUUAAACAGCAACAACUUCAACAGCGUCUUCAACAAGCUCAACUGCUUAGGCGAAGAAUGGCAGUUAUGAAUACUACCAGGCCAACUGGUACAGGUGGCCCAAUUCCUUGUAGUCAACCAUCUAAUCCUGCAAUGCCAGUAGGUAUAGCAAUUAAGCCGGGUGUCAGUCCUACCAAUCUUCCUUCUCACCAGACUAACAUAGGCCUUAAACCUGGUACGCAGACCCCACCUGCCAGUGUACUUCAAGUUGUUAAACAGGUACAGGAAGAAGCUGCGAGGCAGCAGGUACCCCAUCCUGUUUAUGGAAAAAUUGCUCCAAGUAGUGGCAUUGGUGGUGCGAGUCAACCUAGCGGCGUAAUGCCACCUCCAAUGCAGAGAUCCAUUCCAGGCCAAAUGUCUAGUCCGGCUGGUACCCACCUCAUUCCUAUGGAACAAUGGACAACUCCAAGAUAUCCGGCUAAUCCUGUGAUGCAACCCAAUCAGGGACUCCGGCAACCAAGUCCUCAACAGCUGAUGCCACCACAGCAGCCUCAACACCCAGGUCAACCAAUUAUGGCUAUGAAUCCACAGAUGCCCAGACAACCAGGAGUUAUUCCAGGACCAGUCGGUCCAGUUAGUCCUCAACCCACGGCUGGUGUAUCGACAAUGCAUAGGCAUGCUUUGCAACAACUCAUGCAUACCCUUCGGAGUCCCAACACACCUGAGCAACAAAACCAAAUUCUGCAGAUACUCAAGAGCAAUCCUCAGCUAAUGGCUGCCUUUAUAAAACAAAAACAGCAAACAAACCAACAUGGCGCGGCAGGUGGUCCGCUGGGAACCAGUCAACCUCAGCAACAGCUCUCCAGCUUGCAUCACAUGAUGCAACAGCAGCAACAGCAACAGCAACAACAACAACAGCAACAGCAGCAUCAGCAGCAACAACAGCAGCAGCAACAGCAGCAGAAUAGAAUGCAAAUUCAAGCGAUGCUUAGCCAACAGCAACAACAACCAGGGCAGGGGCAUGGUGGACAACCACAGUGGUAUAAACAGCAAUUACUAGUUAUGCAGAGGCAGCAGCAAGCGCAGCAGCAGCAGCAACAACAGCAGCAACAACAGCAGCAACAACAGCAACAACAACCUUUCACUCAGCCACCAGCCCCACCUUACGGCCAACAAAGACCGAUCAGGUCGCCAUUAAUUGGUUACGGGAGUUUCAAUGAGCAGGGCUAUGGACAACCAGGAUUGAAACCAACUCCACCACCGGUACCUUCGCCUCAAGGUGUAAUGGGUCCUCCUGGAAUAUCGGUACAACAGCAAUUGAUGCAGUCGGUUCGGUCGCCACCUCCUAUUCGGUCUCCGCAGCCAAAUCCCUCGCCGAGACCUGUCCCCUCUCCUCGUAAUCAACCGGUUCCUUCUCCUCGUGCCGGACCUGUACAGUCCCCUCAUCAUCAUCCUCCUCAUGGUACGCCAACUCACUCACCCGCCCAUGAACUCGGUGGUCCCAGUGAAAUGAUGCUGUCCCAGCUUGGCGCCGGUAGUGGCGUCUCCGCCGGUCAUCCACCCGCCAUGCCUCAUCAUUCAUCCCCAGCUCCUCCCCCCACAAGUGGUGCAGACUCUAGUGAAUCGGCAUCGAUGACACCACAAGACCAUCUCGUAAAUUUAAUUGAACAGUUUUAGUGACUGUUAGUUACUAUUGCCCAAAAUGAGACUGACUGCUCGAAGCAACCCCUGUCCGCUUCAACCACUCUACAUCAUCGUUUCUGUCCCGACGUCUUUUUCCUUCCUUCUUUUUGAUUUUUCCAGUAAACGAUUCAGACAUUACACUUCAAAAGAAGGCGAAAAAUUCAAAUGUUUCACAGGACAAUAAUGAGACACGUUGUACGUUAUUUGGCCAGUUGAAAACAGUUUCAUCGUUUUGCUCUAGGAAACAUUUGAGAAACUAUUUUUUAUCCUCGUGACGAAUUGUUGAUUGUUCGUUUCUUUCUUCCUUUGAGGAUACAGGAAAAACAUUGAUCGCCGAUGUGAAACGUAGUAGACGUCGGAAAUAUCAAAGAGAAAAAAUGAAUAUAAAAAAAAAACGUCGGGAUCUGCUGCGGUAAUCUUGAGUGGAAGUUGUUAUUAAAAGACUUUAAAAGAAUUUAAAUUUCCCCCUGCCCCGCCCUGUGACCACUGAUAAAAAACUCAGAGACUUGUGAAAGAAAACAAACAAAUAAAAACUGAAAGGGCCCGUCGUCCCCACCCUCCUCGCAGCUGCUUGCGCAGGCUGAGUGAAAUCGUACAAAUGUGUUGUGUAUACUUAACAUUAAUUAAUAUAAUAAUAGUUGAAAUACUAGUAGCGACUACUAUUACCAUUAUUACUAUUAUAUCGUAAAUAAAACGUAAAAAGAAUUACAAAGAACUCUAUAUAUAUAAAGCAGACAGAAAUUAAGGAAAAAAAAAUGAAACGAAAUAAUAAGAGGCAAAAAAGAUACUUUGUAAAGUAAGUAAACGCAGAAAGUUAGGGGGAAAAGUUAAUAAGUACUGUUAACUUAAGAUAAUUUGUUAAGAAUUUAGAACAGCUGCCGACGCUGUAUUUAGGAACGGUUAAAUUUUGUGAUCAUUGAAUUACGUAUAUAGAUGGACUCAUAAGAGCGAAUUAACAUUUUUCUCUUUACUAAACUAAAUGAGGAUUGGUGUCGCAACCGAAACAUUAAUUCACAACAGGCUGCUGUUUGCUACUACAGGAGGAGUAUAAAUCGUGUUAAUUUUGAAAAGUUUUUUGAAUCGAGAGCCCCUACUUGUACAGUCUAAUCAAAAUAUAGCUAUCAGUAGCUCAAGGGGCUCUCUCGUAACCACUAUGUAAAUACUAUUCUAUUAUAAUUAUUAUCAUAUUAUCAUUAUUAUUAUUAUUAUUAUUAUUAUUAUUAUUAUUAAUAUUAAUUUACCUGCCUAUAAUAAAUUUAUUGACUAAAUAUUGCUAUAAAAAACACAUAAACAGAAAUAUUGUAAUAUUUGAAAGAGAAGAAUUGACGCGUUGACAAGCUACUUCACACGCUACACUACGUGACUAUGCCAGUGCUGUAUCAUAGUAUGAACUCUGAAUGUAAUUUUUUUUCCCCAUAUUUUUUCUCAAUUAACUAUUUAAAUAAGCAUAGGAAUUCGCGCGAUGUAUCUCAAAAGUAUUGAACAAACAUAUUCGCAACUUUUGGGAUAGAUCUUAUGAGAAGUAGUAGUCACAUGUAAGUAAAAACCUUAGCUGAUUUCCUAUAAUCAGAAUAACUAACACACCGACAGAUAGUUGAACGUAAUUUAGAGAAAAAGAAGUAUACAAGGACAUUGUUUAAAUCUGCUACCACGUUGAAAGAAGUAAUAAUAAUAAUUAAAAAAAAAAAAAGAAAAGAAAUCAACAUCAACAUAUGUAGUCCAGAGAAUAUACAUACAUGAGCAUACACAAGAGUGCUGUAAUUGUAUUUCGAAUUCUUUCGACGAUGUGUAUCGCAACUAUACGUGGUAAUUCUAGAGGAAAAAACGAAAAGAGUUAAUUAAAGAAUGGUUUUCUAUAACGUGAGUACAGCAAUGAAUUAUGUACACAUGUGCGUUUGUGUUUAUAAUAUGUAUGUACUUUGCCAGCUGGUUAAUCUCUAUGCAAGUUUGAUUUAUUAUUUUCUAAAUGAAAUUAGUAUGUGGCAAACAAAAGCAUUGUUAACCCAAUAUCUCUAAUUGCUUUUGAGUAAGGACAAAUCUGCGAUAAAGCGAACAAUGAUAUUUACAGAAAUUGUGUAUUUGAAAUAUUGAAGAUUAUUGACUUUUUUUUUAAAUGGUACUUUGUAACUUCCAACAUUUAAUGGGUCUUAUUUAAUUUACACAGAAAGACUUUGCAGUUGAAAUCCAUACUGCGAAUAACUUACAUUCUUUAUACUUUGAGAAACAGGUCAUUUUUACGAAAUACUUCCUAAUAUUUGAUCCCUUAUUGCUUCAUUGCAGCGUAUUAUGAUACUUUAUGGGUUUGUUUUACGUGCAUCAAUCAUUAAGAGAAGUAUUAUUUUUGCAAAUUGCAAGUGUGAUUUCAUACAUGACCAAAAACCGUCAUCUAUAGAGAAUUACAAACGGGUACAAUAUCUCAAGCUCUGAUCAUAACCUUAAUUUUCAAUGAUAUUGCAGCGCACGAAACUUUUUCGUUUAAAUUUGUUAACUGAGAAUCACCGCGGUAGUGAGUGAUGACAGUGGUACUACACCAAGACCCUUUGGAGUUGGGAAGAAAACAAUAUACUAGUGCCAUUUAAAAACAACGUCACUGUCAAUGUGUAUGAUAACUGAAUUGAAAUAAUCUUGUUGACAGUAUCGUACACCCCUUUUUCAAAGCGAGUAACUUUCAUUCCAAUCGUCUUCUUGCUGUCUAGGCUUUUGAUUCUUGAAGAAAAUAAUCUUUUCGAAUAAUUGAGAUAGAAUCAAUCUGUACACAUACAAUAGAACGAAAUUUGAAUAAAAUUUAGCCUUUUCGUGAAGUGACUAAUGUUAUAUUCUGUAAAGCAUUAUAUGGAUGUUUGCAUGAUUUAGAAAUAAUUAUUUUACAUUUUUUUAUAAAUAAAAUUUUGAAUAAACGAAUGAAUAAUAA